CCAUACCAUGUUGUUAACGUCACGUUGUUUGUCAAACCGCCACCUUAAAGAAGAAUAAGGUUUUAAAACGUGUCUCCACGACUAUUCACACAUUUUCAAUACAGAUGAGCAGAAAUAACCACAUCCUCACCUUCAUCACCUUCACAUCUCCAUAAUGUCAACACGUCUGGAUUCCCCUGUUGAGAGUUUUGUUGCAGGGCCGUCAUCUACCCACACAACAGGCAAUAUUUUAGAGUCCCCAUUUAACCUAUCCUGCAUGUCUUUGGACCGAUGGAGGAUGCAGGAGUACCCGGAGAGCUCUUCUUGUCCCGCUCGUGAAGCAGCAGCAGCAGCAGCAGCACUCGCUGCCUCCACCCGACCUGCCAUCUGCCACUUUACAAGAAUGUGAAGACCUACGUGUUCUCUGAAAGUUAUUUUCAUGGAAAGAAAAGCUCUGAGUGCUGGACCAUGUGGUACGGGCAAAUCCUCCACCGGCAGGGGAACGAGGAGGGCCAGGUGCUCCUCAACGUCGGGGGGGUCCGACGCGAAGUGGAUCCGAGGAUGCUGCUGCGCUUCCCUCACACGCGUCUGGCCCGUCUGCUGCGCUGCCGAAGCGAGGCGGCGAUCCUCGAGCUGUGCGACGACUACGGACCGUCCGAGAAGGAGUUCUACUUCGACAGGAAUCCGCACGUUUUCCUCAGCGUUCUCAACUUCUACCAGACGGGACGUAUCCACAUGAUGGAGGAGGUGUGCGUCUUCUCCUUCAGCCAGGAGAUCGAGUACUGGGGCAUCCAGGAGCUCCACCUAAGCCCCUGCUGUAGCUACUGGUACCACGAGAGGAAAGAUUACAUCAAUGACGGAGACUGGGACGCGAGGAGCGACGACCAGCAGCAGCCGAGUCUCAACUCCUCCUUUGAGGAGCUCUCUGCUCUCGACAAAGACCUGGCCAAGUUCAAAGGUGCCUGGUGUUCUGAAGUGAGGAGCUACGUUUGGCUCAGGCUGGAGGACCCAGGGCACUCAAGAGGUUCAAAGAUCAUCGCCGUGGCGUCUCUCGGCUUGGUGCUGACCUCCAUCAUUGCCAUGUGUGUCCACAGCAUGCCCGAAUAUCAGCAGGUGGACGAUAACGACAAACCCAUCGAGGACCCUGUCCUCGCCAUCCUGGAGGAGGUCUGCAUCGCCGGCUUCUCUGCAGAGUUCAUCGUCAGGCUGAUUGUUGCGCCCUCCUGCAGGAAGUUCCUGGGGAACCCCUUGAACAUCAUCGAUGUCGCUUCCAUUCUGCCGUUUUACGCCACUCUAGCUCUGGAAACGGCCGACGAAGAGGCCGCAGAGGAGAAUGAGGACUUGGAGAACGUGGCGAAGGUGGUGCAGGUGCUGCGCCUCAUGAGGAUUCUACGGAUCCUCAAGCUGGCUCGCCACUCCAUCGGGCUGCGGGCGCUGGGCGCCACCGUUCGCCACAGCUACCAGGAGGUGGGUCUGCUCCUCCUCUUCCUCUCGGUGGGGAUUUCCAUCUUCUCAGCCCUCAUCUACUUCGCAGAGAAGGAAGUGGAGAACACAGAUUUGGGGACCAUCCCCUCAGGCUGGUGGUGGGCCACAAUCACCAUGACCACAGUGGGUUAUGGUGACACCUGCCCGGUGACGCUGGCAGGGAAGAUAGUGGCCACCUUGUGUAUCGUCUGUGGCCUGUUGGUGGUGGCUCUGCCCAUCACCAUCAUCUUCAAUAAGUUUUCAAAGUACUAUCAAAGAAACAAAGCCCUUGAGGAGCAAGGUGUUGCUAAGCCCGAACGGCCGGACCCAGAGAUCCCGCACUACAACAUCAGAGACCUGUUCACAGGGAGUGUGUAUCCCUUCGUUGGAAGUCUCGCCUUCAGGAACAGUGUGAGCAGCACAGGUGACACUACAGAUGCCUCUAGUCUCCAGGAUUUAGAGCUGUAUGACAAUGACACAGCUAAAUGAAAUUCUGCCAUUUCCCUUUUAUGACUGAAAGUCACUGUUGUGCCCCUCGGGGCUUCUCCAUUGCUGACUCCACCUUUCUGAAUUGUCUUCCCCCAAGCAAAUUGGCAGAGAACUGUUGUGCUGAUGAUUGUCUCUCUUUAAAUUUCUACAAGGGAAGAGCUUUUCAGCGUUUCUAAAAUCAGGAAAUCUCAAGGGAAUUAUUUGGGUCUUGCCUGGAGGAUUGAAAGCCCAUUUUCUGCUUGAGAAAACUGCAAUGAUGCAUGGAAGAGGCCACAAUGUUAAUGUUUUCUCAAAAGUAAUGUCCUGUAUUGAUUUGUCUUCUCUCCGAAAGUUCAGGCGGGGAUUUUGGCCGAAGGCCUGGAACGACAAGAAUGACAACAUGUUUGAUGUUUCAAAAUGGUAUUAUAGAUCCCUCAGUCCACUGAUGUUGGGCAGCGUGCAUGAACAGAACUAAUUACAUUUUGAAUGGGAGCGAUGUGUAAAAUUAUGCAAUAUUAUUGAUGCUCCAGAGGAUAAAAGAGGCCAUCUCUUCCAGAGCUCUGGUAUACCAGGUUAUUGUCAUGUAACUUUUCUUUUGGACAGUUUUUGCAUGCCUGCCGACUCCUGAGGGAAAUCCGGGUGGACAUGAACCAAAAUACCCAUUGUAAAUGGCAUAAAUUAAGGAUUUUAACUCUGGUUGAAUGAAUUAUUUAUUGUCAUAUGUUGGUAACUGAAAUAUACGACAACGUAGUGGUGAAAUGUGCUUUAUGGAAGACAUUAGAACAAGCUAUAAGCUUUCCUAUAAAGACCUCAAGUACGUCUGUGGUAAGGCCAUUACUGAGCCAGCCUUUCUUAUCUAUUGGUUGUAAAUGUCUCAGGUUAAAGGGAAAUAAAUAAUAAAUGUCUGCAAAUUCACUUCCCCUGCAUAAGCAAAUGUAUUCAUUUCAACCAAAAUGUUAGUGUUUUUAAUGCAGUUGCGGUUGCGGAAUUGUUUUAUUUGUAGUCUGCAGUAUGGAUGACAUCUAAUAACCUUUGUUGCAAUAAACUAAAUGGGACUGGGAUCAAUAGUGUAACAAAGUCACUUUACAUGUAAUUUAUUAAGUCA